CUCAGCCCCUUCUCUCUCUGGGUUUUGCUUUCAAAGUGUUUACUACAGGCAAAUUGGAUUUGGGAGUAGCUUUUCAACGGUCUUUCAACUAACUACAUUGGAAAAACGAAGUGCUCUAGGCUUGUCAAGAGAACCACCCGGGUCCAAUUGCAAAAAUAAAGAUGGAGCCAGAUAGAAUCACGAACUUGCCAGACAAUGUUAUAGAAGGAAUUUUGUUGCAUCUACCGAUGAGAGAUGCGGUGAGGACGAGUAUCUUGUCAAGCAAGUGGAGGUACAAAUGGGCUACGGUUCCUUAUCUUGUAUUUAACAAAGUGUUUUGUCCAUUUUAUCAAAAUCCGACAGACAUCACCAGUAAGAUUGUGAGUAUAAUUGAUCGAGUUCUAGUGCUUCAUUUCGGUGUAAUACAUAAAUUUGAGCUUUCUCAUAGAGAGUUCGAAGCCGUUAGUGACAUAGAUCGCUGGAUUCUUCAUCUGUCACGACGCUCUAUUGAGAACAUUGUACUUGAAAUUUGGCAGAGUGAAGCCUACAAGUAUCUGGCUGUUGGCAUUGAGCCCCAUAAGCUGCCUGAACCGCAUGUUGAACUGAAAUAUAUCAGUAUAUACAUAAAUUUGAACAACCACGAAGAUUCUUUAACAUUUCUUUGCCUCCUAAGUACUGCUCCGAAUCUUGACGAAUUAGAAAUGACGGCCCAUCCAGAGGAACAAACUAUUGGAGGAAUAGAUACCAACUUCUGGGAAGAUGGCUGCUGGAAUUUGCCGUUCUCCAAACUGCGAGUCGUGAAAAUAACUGGUAUCUCUGGAGCCAAACCUGAAAUGGAUUUCAUCAAGUUUGUGCUUUUAAAUUCACCUGCGCUUGAGAGGAUGGUUGUUGAGCCCGUCUUCACGAGUGAUCGAUGGGAGUUGGUAACAAAAUUGUUGUGCUUUAAGCGUGCUUCAAACCAAGCAGAGAUCAUUUACAAGAAUCCAUAACUUUAAAGUUGUGAGCCGUGAUGUCCUUUUCGUCGGGCUGAUGGCAUCUGCUUAAAGCUAAUUAUGCCUUCUCCUGCACCAUGUUCUCUUUGACUCUUAACUUCACCCUGUCUAUCUGCUAAAAACUCUAAACUUUCAGUGUUCUAGCCCAUCUGCUAUAUUAGUCUCCGUGUUUUCAGGGGUAAGUUUGAGAAUCAUUUUUAUGCAUGAAGACAGGUGACUUAUGCAUGCCCCUGUUCCC